CCUCUGCGCUAUCAUUGUAUUAGCAAAUACGACAGGUCCCAGCGAGAAUUCCCGUCACCCUUGUGUUACUGACAACUAUCAUUGCCUUCGAAAAGCGGUAAAUAUGAAUAAUCAUCUUGCGUCGAUCAACUCCCAUGUACAUAUCACCCCAAGAACGCUCAGAGUUAGGCCAAGUCUAUCAAAAGUUUCGCGGCUGAAAGUGUGGAACCGGUGAGGACUUCUAGGGGGUUACUUGGAGUCCGGUCUUGAGAUCUACCGAGUCCAAGAUGUCAACUUCCAUAACGCAGUCUUAUCCUACACUCGGGGCCGUCCGAUGCUCGAAAAUUUCAAAGAUGAACUCCCCGCACACGAUGGUUUUCGGUGGUCAACGCGUGCCGAUUGGAUUGAAUUUGAAUGAUGCCCUCCAACAUAUAAACCUGGAACCUGGUAUAGCCCGGGCUUGUUCUACGUACCAGGAGGCGAAUAUAGCACAUCUGCAUGGAAAGUAUUGCUCGGCGAGGCUUUGAGGUUGGACAGGAUGAGCUAUACCUAGUUCUGCCAUCAUAAAGCGAGUUACAUAUGUCUUAAGUUAGGUACCCUUGGAGAUAUUGACCCGUUGCCAUGUGGUAAGCAAUCUAAAUAGGUAAGAUUGGCCCAUCAUAGCAUACGCAUAAUAUAUGCUUUUUAAGUAUAUACCUACCUAGGAGGUAUAUAUAUAGUAAUUAAUUACCUGAU